GGCCGAGCAGGGAGCGCAGCGGCAAGCGCGGAGAACCCCGGCGUGUGCCCCUCUGCGCUCCUUCUGCCGGUAUUUCGGUGUCUUUUUUCCCUUCCCGCGCCGCGCAGCCAGCGCUCCGGAGGGGACCGCCGCAUCGGGAGGAGCUGUUACUUUUUACAGCCGGCAUGAGGCUCCCCGAGGGAACAAGGAGACGCCGCACUAAGCAGCCGGGGAAGAACCUGCUCCUCAUCUGUUGCAGCGGAGCCCGGCGGCAGGCGCGGUUCCCCCGGCCGAAGGUGAUGGGCACCCGCUGACUCGUGGACGUGCGUCCGAGAGUGCCUGCAUGUGUGGCAGACAUGGAGAAAAUAAAGUAAAAAACGGGGAUAGUGGAUGAGAUGGACGACAGCCAGUGAAAUAAAACAGACAGCUUCUAAAAGGAUUUAAUUUGCAAACGGGAUUGUAAAAGGUACAACUUCCAUGGGAAAACGUGACCUGUUAAAACUGCUGACGGAAGAUGCCGGCUGUCAGCGCAAACACCUAAACCAAGAAGUGGUGCAGGCAAGAAGGCUUAGCAGAGGACAGCUAUUUGGAAGAAUGACAAUGCGUGCUUAAUGUGUCUCUUCUGAAAGAGACAAACUAAGCUCAGAUCUAAUUUUCAAGAAUCAUGUGAAGAGACAAAGUAUUAGAAUGGCAUAAAAUAUGGCCCAGUUCUACUAUAAAAGAAGCGUCAAUGCUCCCUACAGAGAUCGUAUCCCUCUUCGCAUCGUACGGGCAGAGUCUGAACUGUCUCAUUCAGAAAAAGCCUAUCUGAAUGCCGUGGAGAAAGGAGACUAUGCCAGUGUAAAGAAGGCUUUGGAGGAAGCAGAAAUUUAUUUCAAGAUCAAUAUUAACUGCAUUGAUCCCCUGGGAAGAACUGCACUCCUUAUUGCAAUUGAAAAUGAGAACCUUGAGCUCAUUGAGCUGCUCUUAAGUUUUAAUGUGUAUGUGGGAGAUGCUCUGUUGCACGCCAUACGGAAGGAGGUAGUUGGUGCUGUGGAGCUGCUGUUAAACCACAAGAAGCCCAGUGGGGAGAAACAGGUGCCACCAGUGCUUCUGGACAAGCAGUUUUCAGAAUUUACGCCAGAUAUCACACCUAUUAUUCUGGCUGCCCACACCAACAAUUAUGAAAUCAUAAAGCUACUUGUGCAGAAAGGGGUUUCUGUGCCCAGGCCACACGAGGUCCGCUGUAACUGUGUUGAAUGUGUCUCAAGUUCAGACGUGGACAGCCUCCGCCACUCUCGGUCCAGACUCAAUAUCUACAAGGCUCUGGCGAGCCCAUCGUUGAUUGCUUUAUCCAGUGAGGACCCUUUCCUUACUGCUUUUCAACUGAGCUGGGAGCUGCAGGAACUGAGUAAAGUCGAAAAUGAAUUUAAGUCAGAGUAUGAGGAACUGUCGCGGCAAUGCAAGCAAUUUGCAAAAGAUCUCCUGGAUCAGACACGGAGUUCCAGGGAAUUGGAAAUUAUUCUUAAUUACAGAGAUGAUAAUAGCUUGAUAGAAGAACAAAGUGGUAAUGAUCUUGCAAGAUUGAAACUGGCAAUUAAAUACCGUCAAAAAGAGGUGAGUGUGCUGGAGAAUAUUUAAGCAUAUUCACUAGUAGUAAUGUGAUAGAUAAGAGCCUGAAAUUCAUCCUUUUAACUGAGACAAAUUGCUGCUUGUCUUUUACUUUUGUUUGUUUGUUCUACCAGAUUUCUGCUUUUUGUAUAGUUUUAAUUAGAUGAAUUUG